CGCCUCCCAUGGCCUCUCUAGCCGCUCGGAGGACUCAGUUCGGCUCCUCCUCUCGGAGCUUCCGGCCAGUCGGAAUUCCGCUUCCCGUCUGACAUUGGAGUCUUUGCUAAGGGUCACAUUGAACUAUCGCUUCUCCAGAGCAGUCUUUAGGAGUGAGCACCAUGGCUGAAGACAUCAAGACUAAAAUCAAGAACUACAAAACUGCCCCCUUUGAUAGCCGCUUCCCAAACCAGAACCAGACCAAGAACUGCUGGCAGAACUACCUGGACUUCCACCGCUGCGAGAAGGCAAUGACGGCAAAGGGGGGUGAUGUCUCCGUGUGUGAGUGGUACCGGCGUGUGUACAAGUCCCUCUGCCCCGUGUCAUGGGUUUCAGCCUGGGAUGACCGAAGAGCAGAAGGCACAUUUCCCGGGAAGAUCUGACCUGGCUUCGCCCACCUCUCCUCUGUUCUGUCCUUCCCAUGUAGUAAAGGGGGACCUGGGUAUAUGAUGGUCCCUGCCCUGGGACCCUGAAUCAUGAUGCAACUGCUAAUAAAAAUUCACUGGAAAAGUUUCA